GAUUUGUUCUCACAUAAAUUGCCAUACGUUUCGCCACAAAUCCUGAAGUUAACUCUCUUUCUCUCUCUUUCUCUUACUUUCUCUCUCUAAAGAGUAAAAUCUUUGAAUGGUUUCCAAAAACCCGAACCCGCCCGAGGGAUUCUACUUGGAUCCGACCGGCAUGGCUCUCUCGGGGAUGCCUCCCUUCGCCUCCGUCUCCGCCGCCGCCAACUCGCCGGAGGACGCCGCCAAGAAGAUACGGAAGCCCUACACUAUCACCAAGUCAAGGGAGAACUGGACUGAACCCGAACACGACAAGUUUCUUGAAGCUCUUCAACUGUUUGAUCGUGACUGGAAAAAGAUUGAAGCAUUUGUUGGAUCAAAGACUGUUAUACAGAUACGCAGCCAUGCGCAGAAAUACUUUCUAAAAGUUCAGAAGAGCGGAACAAGUGAACAUCUUCCUCCACCCAGGCCUAAAAGAAAAGCUGCCCAUCCAUAUCCUCAAAAAGCUUCAAAAAAUGCUCCUGUACUCUCGCAAGUGUCGGGAUCUCUUCAAUCUUCACCGGCUUUGCUUGAACCUGGAUGUAUCCUAAAGAAUGAUUCCUCACCAAUGCUUAAAAGUCCUAUUAUGAACACUGUGGUGUCGUCCUGGUCAAACAACACCUUGCAAGCAAUCAAUUUAUCCCCUGUGGCAAAAGUGAAUAUUUGCAGUAGUGGUGAAAGCACUCCUAAAGUUCGGCCAGUUGGUGAAUCUAAUGGUCAAGGGAAUAAAAUCCAUCCAUUGAGAGUUCUUCCGGAUUUUACUCAGGUAUAUGGCUUCAUUGGCAGUGUAUUUGACCCAAAUGCAACUGAGCAUCUCCAGAAACUAAAAGAGAUGGACCGUAUUGAUGUUGAGACGGUGCUAUUGUUAAUGAGAAACCUGUCUAUCAAUUUAACUAGCCCAGAUUUUGAGGAUCAUAGAAAGGUUCUUUCAUCAUAUGAAGUUGAAGCCAGAGAGAAAUAACAAUCAAUGUAGAUACACAACCCGUGCACAAUGAACAGUUGAAAAAUGCUAAUGGGGUGGAGGCAGAAGAUGGCUUCAUUUUUCACCAAUUGGAUGCAGUUCGGGUGUUAUUUUGCAUGAUGUGGUAAGAUAGUGUUGGAAAGGCAACAAGCUGAAGAUGUUCGAGUCAGCCAAAUUUUUACCCUGCUAAGUUUUAUUUUGCUGUUGCUCGUCAUCGUAGCUAUGCAAAGCAUUAAUCUUCAUCAUUCGUUAUUAUGUGUAUAUAUGAAUCACGUAAUUAACCUAUUAAAAAGAAAAUAAUAAUGUGAGAAUGUAUAGUUAUUUCCUAGUUUUGUGUAGGUCUGUACAGCACCUAAUAUUUGUGUAUUAAAUUCAACCGAAAAUAAAAUAUUUGGAAUCAAGAAUGUUUAUUCUAGUUUUGUGUAGGUCUGUACAGCACCUAAUGUUUGUGUAUUAAAUUCAGCCAAACAUCAAAUAUUUGGAAGGAAGCAAUAUUAUAUUCAUAGUCUGUACUGUAGGCAUCUUAUUAA